AUGUCUUGGUCGCCCCCCGUCCCGCCGUCCUCGGCCAAGGACAAGGACAGCUUCGCCUACGAGUCGACCGUCAAGCGCUGGCCCGCCAUCCUGACCCAGGUCAUCGACAGCAUCUACGCCGCCAACCAUGCCCUCUCCUAUUCGCGCACAGACCAGUCGGCCAAGAUCGCAGAGGGAAAGGAAAUCAUCGAAAAGAUCGCCGCGCUCAAGCACGACAUGAGCCGCGACCGCCCCCUCGAACCCAUCAACGUCGACCCAAACAACCCCGACGAGCGCGACGACGGCCCGCCCACCGACCUCUUUGACAAGACCAUCCAGACCAACGGCUGGACCUGGUUCGCCGCGCCCUGGCUCUUUGCAGAGUGCUACCUCUACCGCCUCCUCCGCACCUUUUUCGCCCGCAGCCAGCACUGGCAGCGCUACGACCCCUUCAGCAAGUCCAAGCUGCACACCUUCAAGUCGAGCGGCACCGCCAUCUCGGCCCUCGCCAACACCAUCGAGGGUCUCGUCAACAAGGCCGCCAGCGCCGAAAAGGGUCCCGAGUCGACCCCCGAGGGUCGCGAGAUCCUCUUCCACGAGAUGGCGCAGAUGUCGCUGUGGGGCAACGCGACCGACCUCUCGCUCCUCACCUCGCUCUCGUACGCCGACCUGCAGGCGCUCCAGACGACGGGCAAGGAGCAGCAGGAGGCCCGCGCCAAGUUCAUCCUCGCCAACGACCUCGACCAGGCGUGGAGGCGCAUCUCGUCGCUCAACGGCGGCCGCGUCGAUAUUGUCCUCGACAACUCGGGCUUUGAGCUGGUGUCGGACAUGAUCUUUGCCGACUGGCUCCUCUCGACGCCCCACGUCGACGAGGUCGUCUUCCACCCCAAAAACAUGCCCUGGUUCGUCUCGGACGUGACGCCGCCCGACUUCCGCCACACGAUCGAAUCGCUCCUCGAGCCCAGUUUCUUUGCCAAGCAGGACGACGCCGCCGCCGUCGACCGACACCGCUCCAUGUCGAGGACGCGCGACCUCCAGGCGGAUGCAUCCAAGUUCUCGUACAACCCCAACAGCGCCGCCGGCGCCGAGGGCGUCGCGGCGCACCCGGCGGGAUCGAGGCAGCUCAAGAUGGCGGGCUCCGAGGACCGCGGCCGCUCGCCGCACCCGGCGGGCAGCCGAUCGCUCCAGGCGCGCGAGGGCAGCGUCGACCCCAACGGGCGCGGGCGCACGCCGGCGGGCUCGCGCUCGUUCCAGAUGGACCCGGCCUACUUCCGCAACGCGCGGUCGCAGACGAUUUCGCCGUCGCGCAGCUACGUCAUGGACUCGUCGCUGUUUUCCUCGCUCUCGAUCCACGACGAGGUGGCGGGCGACGGCGACGGCGGCGACGACGAGCGGCACGCGCGCGGCCGCUCGACGACGGUCAAGGACGAGACGCCGUCGUCGCAGACGCCCGUGCAGGCCAUGGUGCGACGCUGGAUGCGCUACCUCGAGCAGGGCAGCUUCAAGCUGAGCGUGCCGCUCGACACGCCGCUCGGCAGCGACACGGGCGCGUCCAACGGCUUCUGGACGCAGCCGGUGGGCUACGCCAACAUGGCCGAGGUGGCGCCGGCGCUCCACGCCGAGCUGCGCGCCAAGUCGGACCUCGUCAUCUUCAAGGGCGACCUCAACUACCGCAAGCUCACCGGCGACGCGCUGUGGCCCGCCACGACGCCGUUCCGCGAGGCGCUGGGCCCCUUGGCGGGCACCAUCGAGGUGCUGGCGCUGCGCACCAACAAGGCCGACGUGUGCGUCGGACUCGCCGAGGGCCAGGAGGACGAGGUGAGGAAGCAGGACGCAAACUGGCGCAUCAAUGGCAAGUGGGCCGUCGUCCAGUACUGCCCCAAGGACAAGUAG